AUGCAAGCACGUCCGGAGCCUCGUCGGACGUUGUUCUCUUCAGUGCAAUGCACCCCUGCGUUCCUGAAGAAGACCUCAGAUUCGCAUCCGUUUACACAACAGAUCGACGUCAUCAUACCGACCUCCGGAUCUGACUCUGACGCCCUGCGCGCGUUGCAAAAGCUAGAGAGUGCGUACGCCAAAACCAGCAUGGAACUCUCGGAUCUGCUGGAAAACCUUGUCGCACCCUACCGACGGUCGUAUUACGCCCGACAAGGGCUGAUCGCGUUGAGCCAAAACUCUGACGCUGACGGAUACGGUGCCUGGUGUCUCGAUCCCCGUGGUAUGCUCACCUUGGCUCUGAGCAAAGAGACUUACGGGCAAUCGAGACUCGCUGGACGGAAACUGUGCAUCCAUCGACGCUCCGACAUGCACUUGGUCAACAUGUAUGCUGAUGAUCGAGAACCGAAGACGUAUCAGAAACAGCUGAACGCAUUGCGGGCGUGGGAGGCCCGAAGAGCGGAAGAAGGCUAUCAGUGGGAGAUGCUUUACUAUUGCCCAGUCUCGGCGCGCAAUGCUCACCGUUUGCAAAAAGCGAAGCCCGAAAUCAGCAUGUUCAACAACGUUCACGUCCCCAUCAUCACCAGCGACGCGGUCAUCCGUCCAUCUCGCGAAGGUGAUCAUGAUGCCGUGGAAGACUGGGAGGAGCACAUGGCUUCGCUUUUUGAGUGGUCCGGCAUGGCGGCACUCGGUGCACAGAGGCUCCAAGUUGUGGAUUGUGUCGACCCCUACGUUGCCGUGUACGAGCCUCCCGCGCCCAGCAGGGCAGGUGAAAUAAUGCAUCUACGAUGGCGAGGAUUUUUCCCACCGGACUUCGUCUGGUCGGUGUUGGAGCACGCGGUGAACAUUGUGUCAGCAGCAGGGCAGCACAGUUCCGAGAGUAGUUUUGUGUCGAUCACCGCCCACGGCUUCUCGCAAAGUCCAAUCACUUACAUACCUCAGGAUACGUGCAGCUGGGAUGCAAGGGGAUAUCGAUAUCCACGUAAGGAGGCGGAGGAUACGUGGUCGUUAUUGAUUGCUCCCCGCACCGAUGGCGCGAACGGCGGGGUGCAGACUUAUGCGACACUGGUCGAGAGCAUUGGGGAGUGGGAUACCCGAUGGGGUUGA